CACGUGACAACGCCGCCACGUGACCGCGCCGGCCCGCUCGCCCGCUGCUGCUGCCGCCAUCAUGGGCACCGCGCUGGACAUCAAGAUCAAGCGGGCCAACAAGGUGUACCGCUGUGGGCCACACGUGGGUAACUGUGCUCCACAACUAGAGAAUUGUGCUGCUGGAUCGGAUGAAGCAGGUGUUCAUCUUAGUUGUGACCUUGGAAGUGACCGAAAUUUUGGAAGUGUCAGUCUUCCUGGCAGUUUCAUGUGCAUAUCUAAAUGGAAGUUCUUUCUGGAGUUGUGGUCAUAACAAGCAAGGACACAGUCCAGCACCAAGGUAUCUCAUUAACAAUGGAAGGAUCAGUAAAUCUGCAGCUUAGUGCCAAAAGUGUGGGUGUGUUCGAAGCUUUCUAUAACUCUGUCAAGCCUAUUCAGAUUAUUAACAGCACUAUUGAAAUGGUAAAACCAGGGAAACUUCCCAGUGGCAAGACAGAAAUUCCAUUUGAAUUUCCAUUGCAUAUGAAGGGGAACAAAGUUCUGUAUGAGACAUACCAUGGUGUCUUUGUUAAUAUUCAGUAUACCCUACGGUGUGAUAUGCGACGUUCUCUGCUGGCAAAAGACCUAACUAAGACUUGUGAGUUCAUAGUCCACUCCCUGUCACAGAAGGGGAAACUGAUGCCAAGCCCAGUAGACUUCACAAUUACUCCGGAAACUUUGCAAAACGUUAAAGAGAGAGCUUCACUUCCAAAAUUUCUCAUCAGAGGUCAUCUCAGCUCUACAAACUGCAUCAUUACACAGCCACUAACAGGGGAGCUGGUAGUAGAGAAUGCAGAGGCUGCAGUCAAAAGUAUUGAGCUGCAGUUAGUGCGUGUGGAAACCUGUGGGUGUGCGGAAGGUUACGCCAGAGAUGCCACUGAGAUACAGAAUAUUCAGAUUGCCGAUGGGGAUGUCUGCAGGGGCCUGCCAGUUCCUAUAUACAUGGUGUUUCCCAGGUUGUUCACCUGCCCGACCCUGGAAACAACAAACUUCAAAGUUGAGUUUGAAGUUAAUAUUGUGGUCCUUCUGCACGAUGAUCAUCUCAUCACAGAGAACUUCCCGCUGAAGCUCUGCAGGAUGUAAAUAGCCAGAGGAGAAUCACUUCAGGAUUUACUUAAAAAGGACAAAAUUCUUCAAAGUGAAAUUUUAUCCGUCUCUUUUUGUCUUUAACCAAAACCGCAUCACUUCUUGUGCUUUCAGUUCUGCUCUGUGAUAGCCUACAUGGAUGUAUCUAUCCAGGCAGCCUUGUCGGGUAUCUUUCUGACUUCAACAACCGUGUUUGUCCCAAUUUUUCUCAGACAAACCCUGAAGGAAUGAGUCUGUGUAUUUUUAUAGUUUCUCUCCUUACUGACUUUUGUAAUAAUCGUUCCAAAGUCCUUUAAAGACCACUUAAACCUAGUAUGUCCUGUUAUACAUGGUGUAUAUAUACUGGAGGGAGGUAUGUGACCUGUAAUAUAAUAGUAAAUAGUGUCUUUGAAGGUAUAAUAAAUAGUGCUACAACAGUG